UUGGUUUUCUGGGGAUCGAGAUCCGGCAUGGCGGAGCGACAGCUGAUCGGAGUGGUGGGAGGCGGCCAGAUGGGCUCCGGCAUCGCCCAGCUUGCCGCCGUCGCUGGCUUCCAUGUGCUUCUCUAUGACUCCAACGCCGAUGUCCUUGUAAGGGCCAAUAGCUCCAUCUCCUCUUCCAUCCGCCGCCUCGUUUCCAAGGGCCAACUCUCCCAGUCAGCAAGUGAUGAUGCCAUGAAAAACCUGAAAUUCGCACAAAAUUUGGAAGAUUUUAGAGAUGCUGAUGUUAUAAUUGAAGCCAUUGUGGAGUCUGAAGUUGUAAAGAAGACUUUGUUUUUGGAACUUGACAAGAUUGCAAAAGUUUCUGCAAUUUUGGCAUCUAAUACUAGUUCCAUUUCCAUCACUCGCCUUGCUUCGACAACCAGUCGUCCUUCCCAGGUGAUAGGUAUGCACUUUAUGAAUCCACCACCAAUAAUGAAACUAAUCGAGAUCAUUAGAGGAGCUGAUACUUCAGAUGCGGUGUAUGCCACAGUAAAAUCCUUGGCAGAAAGGCUCGGAAAAACAGUGAUAUGUUCUCAAGAUUACCCAGGGUUCAUUGUCAACCGGAUACUGAUGCCAAUGAUCAAUGAGGCAUUCUACACACUUUACACCGGCGUUGCAACAAAAGAAGACAUAGACACUGGCAUGAAGUUAGGGACAAACCAUCCAAUGGGUCCUUUAGAGCUUGCUGAUUUCAUUGGACUGGAUGUUUGCCUCUCUAUAAUGAAUGUACUUCAUGAAGGCCUUGGGGACAGCAAGUAUAGUCCAUGUCCUCUUCUUGUUCAGUAUGUUGAUGCUGGUCGCUUGGGAAGAAAGAAGGGCAUUGGAGUGUACUCAUACCAAAAGGAGCCUGCAAAACUUAAGCCAUCAUCCUCACUAUGAAAUUGAAAAUCUUUACUGGGAUUUUCAUAGGGUGUAUAUAGUGAAAACAAGAAUAAAUGUAACUUUUAUAUGGUUCCUAGUUCCUAUCAGAUGAAAUGCUGGAUUCCGAAAUGACUUAUUUUGUGAUCUUUAAGCCUUUAAUGAACAGUUUAUUUUGCCAUA